UGUGGACAGAUCUGAGUAAUACACAGAAACACAGUUUAGGCCACUCCCGCUCACACUCUCAGGAAGUGAAAUGUGGAAACACAACUGAAGAAGAAAAGAAAAAAAGACCUCACAUCUGGAGAUUUAGAGUCACUUCUCACUCACUCAUCCUCUUUGCUGUCAAAAACAGGACUGCUGGGUAAUGGCUGCUCUCAGGGCUUCCCUCACUCUGUCUGUCUGCCUCAUGCUGGCUCAUCAAACAUUUGCUAAGAAUGACGCUCCCUGCCAGCUGUCACGUUGGAACAACGGCUUUGAUACGUUCCUCAGACGCCACAUUCGCGACGGCACUCCUGUGACUAUGGACCAGAACGAGUGGGAGAAGUACAUCAAAAACAACGGGGGCUGUGACAGACCCACUCAGUCCUUCCUCCAUCCAAGGGACCUGGAAAAGGUGAAGAAUGUGUGCACCAAUAAAGGUGGGAAAAGGUUGAGGGAGAACCUUUGCAUCAGCAAGGAAUCUUUCAGUUUUGUCACUGUGAGGAGCGUGCCGGGAACGUGUGGCAUCAAGAGCAUCACAGAGGAAAUCAAACAUCUGAUCCUGGCCUGUGAGCUGCUGAGCAAUCAGUGCCUGCCAGUCCACUUUGAGGGAAAUCCCAAGAACUUAAAGCCAGAUAACAAUGCCAAAGAUUGCCAGGACACCAGCAGUGACGCUCCCGGCUCUAGGAUGACCUGGCUCUGGUUGUUAACAGCUCUGCUUGUUGUUGUUUUAUAUUUAAGGAACUAGAAAAAGAUGAGUUCUUUUUUUAUAUAUAUAUAUCAGUAUUGGAUUUUCAUAAUCAAGAUUUGAGAACAUUUCAGUUGAACAUGAAGUCUUUAAAUUCUUUAAGUUUUGGUAUUAAAAACAGUAUCAAAUGUUCUAUAAAUAUCAACCAUUUUAGAAAACGUAUUUUUGUAACAACAGCACCUUGUCUGUGUAUUUGAGAGUUUACUUUUAUAACUAUGCAUGCAUCUCGGAGAGAUAAUGACAGGGACAUUGUUCUGAUUCUAAUUUACAUAUAGGCCACAGUUUGUGUAUAGAUGCCAAAGAUUUGAUCUGUGGAGUGUAUUUUACAUUGAAAGGGCAGGAAUAAAAAUUGGAUUUUAAAAGGGA